CACACUGAUUGGUUGAGAGAGACUUGUGUUUGAGCACCGUCGUCUGUAAAAGGAAGCCCGACAGCAUAGUAUUUUGCUGGCUGUUCUGUCCUGUCUUGUAUGGUGAGGAAACAUGGGGAAGAAGGAUGCAAGCACUGCUAAGCUGCCGGUCGAUCAGUACCGCAAACAGAUCGGGAAGCAAGAUUACAAGAAGACCAAAGUUGCUCUAAAGGCCACGAGACUGAAGGCUGAGGCCAAGAAGAGCGCGCCAGGGGUCCGGGACAUCCUACUGGUUGUUGUGGCGAUCCUGGUGUUCCUGCUUUGCGUCUAUGCAUUCUUCUACCUGAACCUGAGCACAGAACUGGACAUGGAUGUGGACGUAGACUAAAGGAGGUCUUAGUGCAGUGCUCAUCGGUGUGCUGCCCGCAUGUGGCUGGUGACCAGUGGACCACCAACCUGCAGAGGCUCUUGGGUCGCCACGGUGACCACUGUGACCAAGCUCAUUUCUCUACAGUAUCUGUGGAGUGUGUUUGCACUCCUUUACAACCACUGUGUGAGAUGUCUAAAGAAGGCACAUGAAGCAAAACGCAAAAAGCCUGCAGCCUAUUAAGGGCGUGUUUCCAACACAGACAUGACAAACUGUGUGUGAGGAUCUCCUGUUAAAAAAAAAAAAAUCAUGAAAUUCACUUUAAAUUGCCUUGCUCAGAGAUUAUAUUCUAUUAUUCACUGUUAAAGAUUUGUUACUUAUUUUGUUUGAACUCAAGUCUCAUUGUUUUGAAUUUUCUUUUGAAACUUGUUUCAAAUGUAAACUGAUUGUGAUUUGUUUUCUAUCUCCAUGUUUCUUUUUUUAAUAAAUAUUGAAGGAUUUGUAAAGUU